GGUCCCUAUUUUGCCCUUGUGUGUGCUUGUUCUUUCAUUGUGUCUUUUCUUUUCCAUCAUCUCUUACCCAGUCGACGUCAACUCCCAGCAGUAGAGUCGCAAUCUCAACCUCAACCUCAACACCUACUUCCAUCAAACUUCAAAGAAGCGACAUCGCGAGUUGCAAGUUGAGCAGCGCAAGCUUUGGCUGAGGCAGCCUCAGCUCGCAGAUGAUGAACCAUGAACCCUGAGCCGGCGUCUCCCAAGAGGCGGCACAUUCUUUCAUCCAUCAACCCGCAGCAGUCGUCAGACAAGGAGCAAAGAGAGGCGACGACACCGCGAGAUGACGUCAAGCCAGCAGCCUCUGCCGAUGGCGACGAUGCGAAUGCGGAUGCGACAAGGCCGCGGCGGUCUCGCCUGAGGCUCAAGGGCGAGAAGAAGCGCCGUCAUCGCUCUCGCAGCGAUGAGCGCGACGCUGAAUCCGGGCGUCAUCGGCAUCACCAUCAUCACCGGCAUCGCCAUCGCCGGCGACGAGAGCGCUCUCCCACGCCGCCUAAUCCCUAUGAUCCGCCGCCUCUGGAUCCAGAUGCUGCGUUUCGCGAGUCGCUCUUUGACGCCAUGGCCGAUGACGAGGGCGCCGCGUAUUGGGAAGGGGUCUACGGCCAGCCCAUCCACGUCUACUCAGACGAGAAAGUCGGGCCGAUGGGCGAGCUUGAGAAGAUGACGGACGAAGAGUACGCGGCGUAUGUUCGUCAAAAGAUGUGGGAGAAGACGAAUGCCGGUUUACUGGAAGAGAGGGCGAGGCGCGAGGAGGAGCGCAAGAGGAAGAAGGAAGAAGAGCAGCAGCGAAGUAAAGAGGAGCGAAAGAAUCGCAAGCUGCGGGAUGAAAUGGAGGCCAGUCUGCGCAGGGCCGAGGAACGACGGCGGUCACGGCGAUGGGCCGAUGCAUGGGACGCGUACACGAAGGCGUGGGCUGCCUGGGAUGGUUCCCUGGAGAAGCUUGCCUGGCCGGUGCUGAGCGGGCAGCGGAAGGAUGUCACUGAGGAGGCUGUUCGGGAGUUUUUCUUGCAUGGCAUUGGCUUGGAGGAGGUUGGGGAGCAGCAGUUUGCUGCCAAGCUCAAGGAGGAGCGUGUGCGUUGGCAUCCCGACAAGAUGCAGCAGAGACUGGGCGGACAGGGAGGCAGCGAUGUCCUCAAAGAUGUGACGGCCAUCUUCCAGAUGGUGGAUAAGCUUUGGGGGCAAAUGAGGAAAAAGACUUGA